AAUACAAUCGUUAAGGACUUGAGAGCAGAUUCCCAUUUUUUUUUGUUGAAAUGCAACGGGAGAACGGAGGCUAUAUACGACAGUAGGGAAGUUGAAUUGAGGAAAGAAUUCACUUGGAUUUGGAGGACAAAGUAUUGUGGUUUAUUGCAAAAUACUAUUCAUGGGUUUGCCUCAAGUACCCUCUACCAAAAUUGCUGAGGAAGUUGCAGCGUCACUGACCUCAUUUGUGCAUAGUCCUCCUCGGUUCAGCAGUUUGAGCAGUUGUGAUCUGGAUGGGGUUAACGGAGGAACAGCAGUUAAUCAAAUCUCAGGGGAGUUUCCAUGCUCUUCUCUUGGGGAUUUCCAGAGAAAAACAACAUUGGACCUUGUGAAAAGCAAAAGCCCAGAUGUUCUCUCUAAAUGUAAGAGUCCCAUUAAUGGUGCAUCAAGUGCUCAUGGCUGGAAGAUCGGCCCCAUGGAGAAAAAUGGUUUGUUUAGUAGUAAAAUUGGACGCAAUAUUCAAAUCCCUGUUUCACGGAUUGUGGGUUUUGACUCUGGUGGGUCUGAUUCCUCUGUUAGUGGGUUUGAUGGAGUUUCACCUGAUCAUUUUCCUUUACCUGCUGUGGUUAGUAUCACAACUUGUAAUGAAACUGAGCCACAAGGGUCAGUAGUCAGGAAGAGGUUGUUGUCCCCCUUGAAUGGCAUGCUUUGCCCAGAUCAAUUCAAUGGUGAUCAGCUAGACAUUGGUGGAAGUGAUGGUGAGAUUGAUCUCCCUAUCCCUGGAUAUGCCUUCAACGUCUUUCUGGCACAUGACCAUAAGAAAGCUAAUGUUGGGCACACGGACUGUCCAAGCACCCCAGCUUGGUCUGUAUCUAGUUGCCAAAAUUGGAAUAAGAUGCUACAUAAUACCAUUAGAACUGACUCUGUUUUAUUCACUGAUGGCCCUUUGCUUGAGAACAAUGAGCCCCUACAUCACAAUAGCUGCUUAUCUUCAAUGGGGUUUGAUCCCUUUGGAGAACCAAGCAAGAUAAGAACCCGAACUGGGGCAAUAGCCAUAUCUUCAAAAAAGUUUAUCUCACCUUCUCUCUCUUUGUCCCCUCUUGGUCCAAAAUUCUCUAGAGGAAUGAAAUCUGCAGGAGAAUGCAGGCAUAUCAGGAAAGAUAUCACAGGUGACUAUCUAACCUCAAUGAACAUUGAGAAGUCACUUGAUGGAACUGUCUCAGGGUUUUCAUUUUUUCCUGAGGAAGAGGUGUUUAGUAUGACGAGCAAAUCAUUUCAGGGUCUUGAUAUUCUACGGAGUGACAUUGAUGUAUUUCCCCUGGGAAGUACCAGAGGCAUAUCCCGGCAUUCAGGUCCUGAAUCAGCCCCUACACCCCACUGCAUCAAGUUCGUUAGAAGUUUGAGUGGACUUUCUGUGAGGAGGUCUUUGGUUGGUUCUUUUGAAGAGUCCCUGUUGUCUGGUCGGUUUUCAUCAGGCAAAGUCAGUCAGAGAAUUGAUGGUUUUCUAGCUGUCCUGAAUGUUACCGGGGGGAGCUUCUCACCAUCCUCACAGAAACUUCCAUUUGCAGUAACUAGUGUGGAUGGAGAUAAUUAUCUACUAUACUAUGCAUCAAUAGACCUUGCAGGAAAUUUGCCAACAAACAAGUGUAGAGGCCCCAAAUUGAAGAGAAGCUUUAGCAAUGAUGAAUCUCGAGCUGCCAAGAGCCGCCUGCGUAUCCCUAUGAAAGGGCGCAUACAACUGGUUCUCAGCAACCCAGAGAAGACACCUCUUCACACUUUCUUUUGCAAUUAUGAUUUGAGUGACAUGCCAGCUGGGACCAAGACAUUCUUGCGUCAAAAGGUCACACUAGCCUCUUCGGGAGCAACUUCUAUCCCUGUUAAAGGUGGGAACAGAGAUUUUGACAUGAAACAUUUACCCGAGGAAACUGCGUCCGUGAAGGAAGGUCAUCCUGUACACCGUAGAGGGGAAGCUGCCAAGCUGGAUGGAGUUAUUGAUGUACAUAGAAUGAGAUCUCAAGAUCAACAUGCUAAAAUUAUAGAAAAUGUAGGUACCAAAGCUAAAGGUUGUGUAUAUAGUGGUGAUAUUCAGCAACAUGACCUGCGCAAUAUAUCCCAGAAUAAGGGAGGGAUAGGUCCCUUGUUAUUUCCACCUACGGAGUGUCUGGGGCAGCCGAAUAGCAUUGGGCUUGCUAUAAGCACCGAGAAUGCAAAUGGGUUCAACUGCAGUGAUUGCGAGAACAUUGAUGGGGAGGACGAUAUCAUGAUGGAUGACUGCCAUGAAACUGACAGGAAAUCUGUAAAUAGUUCUUCAAAGGUCAAUGAGAACAGUUCUGGUGGUGGUGUUCUGCGUUAUGCUCUUCAUCUCCGUUUCCUCUGCCCUUUUCCUAGAAAGGGUUCAAGGAUCCGGAAAUGCAAAUCUGAUCCUUUAUCUGCUCCGGAAACAAAUCAUUUGGAUGUUGAAGGGGAGCGGCGCUUCUACUUAUACAAUGAUUUGAGGGUUGUGUUCCCUCAGCGCCAUUCAGAUGCUGAUGAGGGCAAGUUGAACGUGGAGUACCAUUUUCCAGCAGAUCCAAAAUACUUCGACAUCAGUAACUGACUUCUUCGAGUCCAGUCAUCUCCAUGUUGUCUGGUUCGUUGCCAUGUAUAUAUUGUCUUCUUAGUCCUCAUUAAAGUGAUGUGGGGCAGCAGGUUAGCUACCCCUUAUUUUACUGUAAAGGAUUCAAUUUUCAAUUAAAUUAUUUUAGAUUUAUUUUCUU